AUGACCCAGCAAGGCGCGGCGCUGCAGAGCUACAACAACGAGCUGGUCAAGUGCAUCGAGGAGCUGUGCGCCAAGCGGGACGAGCUGAGCCGGCAGAUCCGGCAGGAGGAGGAGGAGAAGGCCAAGCUGCAGGGCGACCUCCGCCUGCUGACCGAGCGCCUGGCCCGCAUCAACGAGACCCUGGCCCACAAGAUGGCCUCCCGCAACGAGUUCGACAAGACCAUCGCCGAGACCGAGGCGGCCUACAUGAAGAUCCUGGAAAGCUCGCAGACGCUGCUGAACGUGCUGAAGAAGGAAGCCGGGAACCUGGCCAAGGCCACCGAGUCCAAGAGCCUCCCGGCCAAGGACAGCUGA